AUGGACAGAGGGUGUGAACGCCUCUGGACCCUGGAAAGGCUAGAUCCAUGGUACGAUCGUGACUAUCAGACGCUUGAAGGAAUUCAUUACGUCCCUCUUUCCAGCAGUGAAAGUAAAAAAGGUAUCGCGCGUAUGGAGACUCCACAGCUGUUCGAGUCGCUGAUUCGUGUCGGUUCGUCCGGAUCGAGUCGUCAGUACCUGGAACUAAGUAAAGUCUACUUCACCUGUUGCUCUGUAUAUUAUAUCACUGGUUCUGGUAUUGAGGUGGUAAUGGCAAUACCACCAGGGCUCCAAAGUUGGCGCUGCUACCACGCUGCUACAAGACUGGACUUUACCCUUUCAAAUCCACUCUGCAUUCUCUUUGAACCAUUCAAACGGGGCGAUUGA